AUAGCGGAUUUUUCUGAUCUCGACCGCUUACUCUCCUACCCACCAUCACCGGCCCACUUCAACCCUUAUUAUGCCUACUUUCUGGAACGCAUUCAACACUACGCCAACACAAAGUGUCUUCAGCUGCUCUUCGCAGGGGCCCUGCGCCGGCGUAUCCGGACCUGGUCGCACAACGUUGACGUUUUCGUCUGUAGUCCGGGAAACCUGUUGGCCACGGAGCUCGUGUCUUCAGCGGGAGCAUCGUGGUUUGCACUCCGAUUGUUACGCUGGCUGGCCUAUCCUCUCACAAAAUCUCUGGUGGGUUGCUGAACUCCUGCACUAG